AUGCGUAAUUGUGCUGCUUCUUCGCGUGCUCGCCAGCCUCCGAUGAUAGUGCUGGCUGCACUCAGUCUGGCCACUGACUCGGUGGAGGCUGGCAUAGAGACGUCGGCUGAGCCGAUCUCGGUCCCGACGGAGUGCGAUCGCGCGGAAUUGGAGGAGAAGGUUGCGGCUGCUGUGACGCAGUUCCAGACGCAUGAGGCUGGCCGUUCGCAAUGGGAGGGAGUGGUAUCUGCGACUAGAGCGCAGCAUGACUUAGCUCUGUAUCCGGAAGUGAGCGAAGCCAUCAAUAAAUUCGCAACAUCUGUCAUCGCGGAUGGUGAGAUGGAGGCAGCGGCCGCUGCUCUUAAUGCUGCCGCUAACAAUGCGGUAGAGAAUAUCAGAAACGCCAGACUCCAACCAGACUGCUCGGACGAACAACUCCUGACCACACUUAAUUCGGUUGUAGCACAAAACGCCGUAGCCGACAUGACUCGUAAAAUGGACGAUAGUGCACAGGCCUUCAGCGAAGCCUAUACGGUCCUGGCUCAACAAGCAAAGACAGCCCAGCAAACAAAAACUGACCAUGAGCCAACUCACGAUGGUGAGCCAAAUGACGAUGGUGAGAUAACUCCAGACCAGGAAGCGGCUACCAGCCAGCAAGUCAUCCAGAUCACCAAUGUAGACCCGGCAGCUGUCAAGCUCGUCCAUGAAUAUGCGCAAGAGCUCCAGAACAGACGAAUGCAAAUGUUCUGGAACUUCAUCCAACAGUUGAAACUGG